ACUUAACUCCGUUUGAGGACGUGUUGUGACAGAUUUUUUAGCGGGUCACGCGCAAUAAUUACGACAGGCUUCUUUUUACGCACAAAAAAUGGGAUGAAGAUGGCCAGCAAAGAUGUGCGAAUAACAGAGAGUUUACGUGUUAAAAUCGGAGAAGCAAAGAAUCUUCCUGGUGGAAAUGGAUCAGCAAAGAACACAUUCUGUACAUUAUCCUUAGACAGAGAAGAAAUAUACAGGACUGCUGUGGUGGAAAAAUGUUCAAACCCUUUUUACGGGGAAGAGUUUCAUGGUGAAAUACCAAGACAAUUCAGAUAUUUGUCAUGUUACGUAUAUGAAAAGCCAGACAAGGUAAUUGGUAAAGUGUCAUUACUGAAGAAGGAGUUACACAAGUAUCAUGGUAAAGAGCACUGGUUCCCAAUACUGCCUCUUGAAGCUAAUUCUGAAGUACAGGGUAAAGUUCAUCUUGAACUGAGAUUUGAAGAGUGUUUAACAUGUGACCCUGAUCACAGUGUCUCACAUAGACUUGCUGUAAGAAUUGUGGAGUGCACAGACUUACCUGUCACAAAUGGAGCUUGUAAUCCAUAUGCCGUUGUCACGUUAUGUUACGGUAAAAUUCGAUACAGAGAAGAUGUGAAAAGAACAAAUGUAAAGAAGAAAACAAUAUGUCCACAGUUUGAGGAGACUUUCUUUUUUGAUAUGGAGAACAAAGGACAGAAUCAUGAUCGGCACAAUUAUUACAUCGAGGACAUAUUUAGCGGAGAUUUACGUGUGUCACUAUGGCACGAUGACUCGAGGGUGUCACGGGAAGUGCUGGGUGGAAUGUUUCCAGGGGUGUAUCUAGGCGAAGUUAAAAUUCCCCUACGAGACCUUGACACAUCUUCUGCUCAAAACUCUUGGUAUUUUCUGAGGCCAAAUCUGGAUUUUAAACCUGCCUCGGAGGAUUUUGGUUCCAUCCGAUUAAAGGUGUCGUACAAUACAGAGCAUGUAUUCUCCUCACAGUAUUAUGAUGACCUUAGAAAUAUACUUCUACAGUCCAGUGAUAUACAGCCUAUUAGUUCUAGUGCAGCAUGUAUCCUUGGACGAGUUGUAGAUCAUCUGCAGGAAGCUGCACAACCUCUAGUGAGGGUAUUCCUACACCAUGGAAAAAUAGUGCCAUUUAUGGAAGCCUUAGCCAGUUAUGAGAUUAAACAUACAUUAGAUCAUCACACAUUAUUUAGAGGGAACACGUUACUUACGAAGAUGUUAGACGAGCUAAUGAAACUAGUUGGAUUACCAUACCUUCAUCAUAUACUCAAACCCACCAUUCAACAGAUCUGUACAGAACAUCUACCAUGUGAGAUUGACCCGACAAAGUUACAGGAUAGUGAGAAUAUCAACGGUAACCUUGACAACCUGUGUCAGUAUAUAGAACAAAUAUUUGUCGCCAUUACCAGCUCGGGACUUGUUUGCCCUACAGACAUGUCUCAGGUGUUUCAUACUCUCAAACAAGCAGCUUGUUGCCAGUUUCCAGAAACCACUGAAGUGAAGUAUCAGGUAGUGAGUGGAUUUGUAUUUUUGAGAUAUUUUGCACCAGCUAUAUUGGGACCAAGAUUCUUUGAUCUGAUAGAAGACACUGUCGUGCCAAGUAGUGUCCAUCUAGAGAGGUUACCCUGUAUAUCAGCUAGGAAAUCAUCUGACUGUCCAAGUACCAAACUUAAGGAUGCUACCACAAACAGAACACUGACGCUCAUAUCUAAAGCCAUACAAGGGCUGGGUAAUCUCGUCUGCUCGAAAUCUUGGUCAUUUUGUUUGAAAGAGGAGUACAUGGUUCCGUUGUUCCGACAACUGUCAGACGAGGCCCACAUAGAGGCUAUAAAGAUGUACUUAGAUAUCAUUUCAUCAUCGACUAAAGCACAUUCCAGCCACCAGGGUAUCCAGGAGGUUCCUGUGGUUCUAAAACAAGGAAUGUUGAUCAAAAGAGCUCAGGGCAGAAAAAAAUUUGGUGUGAAAAACUUCAAACAGCGUUAUUUUUGUCUGACAAAUAAAAGUUUGACAUAUUCCAAGUAUAAGGGUGGGAUACCCUUAUGUGAGAUUCCCGUAGAAGAUAUUCUGGCUGUGGAAAAGCUCGAGGAACAAUCCUUUAAGAUGAAAUAUAUGUUUCAAGUUGUGCAGCCUUCACGAGCCCUUUAUGUUCAAGCUAGUAAUUGUAUUGAGGAGAAAGAAUGGCUUGAUGUAUUAAUGAAGGUUAGUGCAGCCAACCAGAACAGAUUGAAUCUCUAUCACCCCGCUGCUUUCAUCAAUGGCCAUUGGCUCUGUUGUAAAGAGCAGGAUCAGACAACUCCUGGUUGUUCACAAGUGUCAGGUUACCUCCCUUUAGCCAAUGUACAGGUUGAUAUAGACAGUGACAGAGAAAUAGAGAAACUUCAUGCUCUGUUGCUUAACAACAUGGAUAAACUAGAAGCAAUGCAAGAUGCAUGUGGUGCAAUGGAAGUGUAUGCGGGGAACCAGUUCAGUAUUCCAGUGGAGAUAGAAGAUUCCAAGUCCUGUUUUGAAAUGUUGAAUGAGAUGUUAAAAUGUGUGAUAGGCCUGGAACAAGAGCACAUGCAGUACCAGAAAACUGUACAGAAACAGCAUGUGAAAGGCUCAUUUGAGAGUCCUAUUGGAGAUGAUAGCUUGCUUGUAGCUGCACCAGAAACAGGCACAAAAUUAUGAACAUUGUUCUACAGAGAAUGGCAAUUAAUCAAGCACAUCUCAUCAAUAAUUUCAAAUCAUUAAGUAUUAUAUCAAGUUGCUCCUUACAUGUGUGUCAAUUAGAGUUGGGAUAUUGCUUAUAGUGUAUAUCGAUACACAGAACAUCUGGUUGUAGUCUUCUCACCAACCUAAUUGAAAAUCUUACAACUGUAUUGAAACAAAAGAACUACUAUUAGCUAUGAAAUAAUUGGUCAUUAAACAGUACAAAUUUACUAACUUUUUAAGCUCAUCUUAGCAUUAUACUUUCAUGACCUUUUAGAAAUGAUGGUCAUCUGUUGUCUGCAAAUUUUCAAAUAACUUCCUCUGAAAUCACCUUGUUUAACUCAUUUUACUAGCCUUCUAUGUUCCUUGUAUAGAAUUCUUCCAAAUAUAUUCAAAUGUUUCCAUUUCUUGGUGUUAAGAUUUCAAAAAGUGAAAUUUUCAAAAUUCCAAUCUGAAAUUGCAAAUGCUAGAGCAUAGGAAUGUGAUAUGUGAAAUUGUGUUGUGGAAAUCAAGUUUACACAAAUCAUGACCAAAGGUCAUUGUAUAUUUUGCAUACGCUUGUAUAAGAAUAGUUUUAAAAAUUGUUUUGUAAAAAACUUGAAAGCCAACAAUUUAGAUAUUUCAUGUUUAGACAUGACUUAUGGUCCCCUUGCAAGUUUUUAACAUAUAGUAGGUAAAAUUUGGCCACACCCCUGAGGUGAUAAAUGUUACGUACAGGUGAGUGAUAAAAGGCUCAACAUGGCCUGCUUUUUUAAUCGGUGGCCUUAAAUAAUUUGUAUGUAAAUAUAUUUUUACAUAUUUGUUGACACAUUGGCAUUGUGACAUGUUCAAAGAAGCAUUUAUUUUUCAAGUUUUAAAUACGUGUAUUUUUAAUAAAUUUUAUUUCAUUUUUUUUGUCAAAGAAAAUAUUGAGCUUAUUUUAAAUGUCCUUGCCUUGUACAUUGUUAUAAGUAUCAAAGAAUUAUAUUAACAGGAAUUUGUGCUAAUUUGCAUAUAUUUUUUUUAGCUUUAUUAACCUUGUUGUUACCCAAGGCAGCUCCUUUUUAUUUUGUUUCGCCUAUUAUUAUAUUAUAGUUGCUUGUAAUUGAGACGUCUGUACACAUUUGUCCCGACAAGUUGAGUUGAAAUCCUUAGGUCCUUCAUUUUAGUUUGUUAAAUUUUUAUGGCCCUUUAAAAACUGUUACUAGUUUCUUCUUCUCUCUCUCUCCUUCCCACUGAAGCAUUUACUUGCCAUGAUUUCAGGAGUCUUCCUGGCUGAAAGGUUAAGCUUGCCAAUUUCAAACCACCUGUCCUUCACUGCUGUGGGUUUGAGCCAUGGAUCAUGCUAACCCUGAAUUUAAGGGAGAAGUAACUUCUCUCUCCAGUGAAAAUAGGGAAAAGUUAGCUGUAUUUGAUUCCUUCAUGUGAGAAAGUUAUUCAUUGGUUCUAUUCACCUUCCUGCUCAUGCUUGAAAUAAAGGGGGGCAACUGCGGUUAUCCUCCUCCAGUUAAGCUAGAGAUUUGUCAUAUGACCUAUACAGUGUAAGUGUGACUUCAAAACAAACAUACCAUUUCUCAUAGCACCUUUAUGUAUUAAUAGGUUCCUUAAAUAUUUGGAAUGGUAUAUUGGUACUUUAUACCUUUGGUUUUGAGGGGGAUUCAUGGCAGAGGGGUUCAGGUCAAAUCAGUUGCCCCUCACUGCUUUGUGUUUGAAUCCCGACAGGAACUUUGAAUUUUUCAUGUGAGGAA